UCCAAAGAGGAUUCCAACAAUAAUUCUUUCUUUUUAUCAGAAGAUUAUCUCGGGAAUUUCAACAUUCGAUUAUCUUGAAGUCUGUUAAUUUCGAUGGGGAGAAGAAAGGAGCGUCGACUCGCAGCGUUGAGUGCCGCCGGUCGGAGAUUAAAGCUCGACCUUAUCGCGGAACCCUCUGGAGAUUUGGGUGGCUCCUCUGUCCAAAAAGAAGUUGGAGGGGAUGAUAAUACCAAAAAUCAUGCUGGGUUACCCAAUUCACCAUCUUCUUCAGGUAAACGAGCAGAGAAUCCUUUAGUUUUGCUUGGGCAAUAUAGUGAUGACGAGUUAGACGAUGGAUCAAGUGGUGAACAAAACAAGGCUGAGGACUCCUGUGCUAGGGGAGUUGAUGACCAGGAAAAAUUAGCUGCUGGCAGAGCAAGUGAAGAUUUUGGAGUCAAAGAAGGGAAUGGCUCUGCUGGUGACAAGCUUGGACAACUUGCAGUAGAAAAUGGACCUGUCUUAAUGGAUUCCUUGGAGAAUUUGGAAGGUGUUAUUGCAGGGAUCCAUGCUACUGGCACGGAUGUCCUGCAUGAUGCACAUGGUUUGACGGAACAGGUAACUGCUGCUACAACUUCUGAUACACAAGUUGUUGGGGAUGUGAGUUCAGGCUGGAAGGUUGUCCUGCAUGAAGAAAGCAAUCAGUAUUAUUAUUGGAAUAUUGCAACUGGUGAAACUUCAUGGGAAGUUCCUGGUGUUUUAGCCCAGGCAACUGAACCGAAAGGCAAUGCUUCUGAACAGAAAGAGAAAGAUGUCUCCGAGGUCAAAAAUCAUAAUUUGAAAACCAUUGAAGGGAAUAUUGAUGUGCCCAUAACUAAUACAUUAGAUGAAGGGUAUGUAAGAGAUACUUUAGAUGACAAGAAACAGGAUCAUGGAGGAGAUGCUUUAGAUGAUAUUAGAACUUUACGUGGAACCAAUGUUUCACCUGGUCAGUCAGAUAAUGUUUUUCCAACUGAUGGUAAUGCAACAAGUAUUCAGUUGUUGAAGCCAGGAGGACGCGAUGAAACUGGGACGGACUUCCCUUCCCUUCUGAUGAAACAGUCUGAAAAUUUGUUGGGGCAAUUGAAUACUGUUAAAGGGUUGAAAGGCUAUUUUAAAGGAAUUGACCAUAUAACAAAGUGCAUUUUGGAGGUUGAGAUGAGACUCUCUGAUAUCAAGUCCUUAGCGUGCCAUGGAUCCUUAUUACUCCCCUUUUGGGAGCACUCUGAAAGGCGGCUUCUAGAGCUUGAAGCAGUCAUUUAUAAUAUAGUCCAGGAAUUAAAAUCUGAACGGGUGCAUGAAGUUGACACGACCAGUAUAUUGCCUGAAAGCAUUGGUGAGGACAUUAAAGCAAAUUCCAGUGAAGAGAAGGCAGUUGAUGUUGCAUCUGAUGAUUUUGGUGCUUCGGAAUCUGCUGGAAUAACGGAAUUUCAGAAAAAUAAUCCAGAAUUGGACAAUGGCGGUGCUACUGGCUCUGAAAAUGUUCCAUCAGAUCCAAGCCUCAUAGAACGUCUUGUGAAUGCUGGGGGUAAAGUUGAAGCUCGACAUGCUGUGCAUCAGGAGUUGACUCCCAAGGCUUUGCUUCAUACUGGGGAAGAAGUGGAUAUGGAUGUUGACAUGGAAGUUGAGGACGUUGAUCCUUCAAACAAUUUAAUUGUUUCAGUUCCGUCAGAGCAGCAUAACGAUCAAACUCUGCCUGCAGAUCUUCAAUCCUCAGUCCCAUUGGAAUUGUGUAGUAUCCCACCUCCACCUGAUGAAGAUUGGAUUCCACCACCACCUCCUGAUAACGAACCUUUUCCUCCUCCUCCACCUGAUGAGCCUCCUGAAAUCUCAGGCCCUCAACCAUCUGAUUUGGUGUCGACAGAGUCUUUUCCUUAUGUGGAACCAUACAACUUAUAUCCCAGUUCAAACUUCCAGUAUUAUGCUCAAGGAAACACUAACAUAUCUGCCAGUAAUAUGUAUGCCCCGACUGAUGGAUGUCAACCAACUGUUUCCCAGCCCCCAUUAUAUUUUGAAGCAUUGUCAGACACAUAUGCGCCAGCCACAUUAGCAGUCAACCCUAUUGAGCCUGGUUUGUACUAUGGCCUUCAAGAUGGGAUUACACAACCUGUUUCCUUAGAGUCUUCUGUAUUUCAUGGUGAUUCUGUCCAAAACUCCAUCUCUGAUCCCACUGGAUCCCUGGAAGUCCAGGCAGCUGUGGGCUCUGCUUCAUUGCUGAAAGGUGACAUUGAUGUUCCUGCCAUUAGUGUGGAUGCUAAAAAGGCAUCUUUGGAACCUUCAUCUUCUGAAGUUACAUUAGCGCCAGCAACCAUCUCAGAGCUAGAGGGUGCCUCUGAGCCAUUGGUCCCUGCUACCACUUCCUCUAUCACUGCUUCCACAACAGCUCCUAAGGCUCGAUCUAAAGUACAACGUAACAAAAAGAGAACAGUGGCUGUUGUUUCCUCCCUGAGGUCCAACAAGAAGGUUUCCAGCUUGGUUGACAAGUGGAAAGCUGCAAAAGAGGAACUUCAAGAGGACGAAAAAGAACCUGAAAAUGCUUAUGAGAUAUUAGAGAAGAAACGACAACGGCAAAUCAAGGAAUGGCAUGCACAGCAGAUUGCUAGUGGAGAGGCCCAAGAGAAUGCUAAUUUUCAGCCACUUGGUGGUGAUUGGCGGGAGCGUGUGAAGCGCAAGCGAGCUCAAUUAGCCAAGGAAUCUGUUCAGACUCCUAAAGAUGAUGUUUUUGAAGGAAAUCAGCAGCCUGAUCUUGGUGAACUCUCCAAAGGUCUUCCACGUGGAUGGCAGGCUUACUGGGAUGUCUCCUCAAAGCAAGUGUAUUAUGGAAAUACUUUGACGACAGAAACAACAUGGGUUCGACCAACAACCUGAGCAGAAAAAGGGCUCUUUUGACACGAUCACUGACUAAUUUUUGGUUCGUAUAAUGUAAAUGAAUGUUUUACUAGGAGUUGAGUGGAUGAUGAUAGUCGUCAUAUUUACUCUGAUGGACACACCAUUUGUUUCUUCCACUUAGUCUUCAAUAAAAUAAAAUUUAGAAGGCUUCAAAAGUGCAGUUAAA